CACUCUCUCUCUUUCUCUUUCUCCCCCAGGCCGAGCGACCAUGGGGCCCAGAUCGCCGCACUCAGCUCUACCCACGCGGCACUCCUGGAGAAGUAGCAGCCCAGCCUGAGGGAGUCCCCGAGAGGUUUCCGACAGGUAGCAGGGGCCGGUGCCUGCAGCAGCCAUGGCCAUCAACCUGCAGGCCUCGUUUGCGGCGUGCCUUGCAGGUCUCAAGGUGCCCCCGCAGAUUAUGUACUGCAUAGCUCAGGAGACGGGGCAGCCGUACGUGUUCUACAAGGAUGGAAUGGAGAGGGGGCAAGGGCAAGGAGGCCAGUGGGGACCACCCUCUGGUCCUCAAGACCUCGGCUACCUCCCACCUCAGCAGCAGCAGCAGCAGUUACCUUCCCAACAACCUCAGCAGCAGCAACAACAGCAGCAGCAACAACCCCCUACCCCUCAGCCUUCGUCGGGCAGCCCCCUCUGCGAUGACGGCCCGGUGCAGAGCGCGCUCACGUCCCCCGUGGCGUCUCCGUACCCACAGCCCGUCCCCGACGUGCCGCCCACGCCGAUGACGCCCAUGACCCCCAUGACUCCGCACCCAGUCGGGGUAGGGGACGACGAGCCGGUGCAGGUGCCGCCGCCGCCGCCGCUCACCCCCCAGCAGCCCGGGCAGCAGCCCCCCUCCUCCCAACAGGCGCCGACGCCUCAGCAGCCGUCAUCGUCACACGACCAAGAGCUGUCCCCGCCGCACAACCCGGACAUCGAGGUGCAGCGGUGCUACAACCCCUCCGUCACCCCGGGCGUGGACAUGCAGCAGCAGCAGCAGCAGCAACAACAGCAGCAACAGCAGCAGCAGCACCACCAGUACCUGGGCCACCACUACUCCCCGCGCGGGCACCACGUCGGGCCGCCCCCGCAUGUCAUGAGCCCCACAAGCUUCAUGCACUACCUCAAGCAGCCGGGGGUGCUCCUCACGCCCCUGGGGCCGAUGGGCACCGAGGCGGUGAUGGCCGAGAACUUCAACGGCAACAUGCAGGACAUGCGGGGGAUGCCCGACAUCCUGCAGCAGCAGCAGCAGCACGGCGGCGCCGCCGUAGGCGGUCAGGGCAAGCAAGGCAAGCACGCCAACAGCGAGCUGCGCCUCUUCAAGUGCUUGACCUGCGGCAAGGACUUCAAGCAGAAGUCGACGCUGCUGCAGCACGAGCGCAUCCACACGGACAGCAGACCGUACGGCUGCACAGAGUGCGGCAAGCGCUUCCGACAGCAGUCGCACCUCACGCAGCACCUGCGCAUCCACGCCAACGAGAAGCCGUUCGCGUGCGUCUACUGCGAUCGCACCUUCAGGCAGCGCGCCAUCCUCAACCAGCACCUCCGCAUCCACUCGGGUGAGAAGCCUUUCCAGUGCCCGGAGUGUGGGAAGCGUUUUCGCCAGAAGGCCAUCCUCAAUCAGCACGUCCGCACACAUCAAGGCGAGCAUUUCCCUCUGCCUCCUUCUACUACUUCUCGUGAUAGUGACGGCGCUCCCGUCGACCUCUCGCUGUCUCUCGGCCACCUCGGCCCCUAUGCCCUCCUCGACCUAGCCCUAUCGCUGCAGCGGCCCCCUCAAGGGUCGCUCGGCAGUAGUCGUAGUGGUAGCAGCACUAACCUUCCCUUCCUCGACCUGUGCCGCCUCGCGUCGCGUCUCUCUGGUCCGCGCCGCCCCCAGCUGACCGCGGGGAGCGACGGGGAUGACGAGGACGCCGACGAGGAGCGUGGCGAUCCUGGUGGUGACGAGGACGGGCCGGAAGAUCUGUCUGACAGGACAACCAGUAUCCCUUCCUCGACCUCCUUUUCCUCGCACCAGAACCCCCACGGCGGCCAAGAGCGGCCGGCGACUGGCGGGGCCAGCGGCGGGGCCAGCGGGCGGACCACGGACCCUGAAGACCCCUUCAGCGCGUAGAAGUAGAUCUCAAGCUCCCUCUCACUCUCUGUCUCUCUCACUCCUCCUCCCUCUCCUUUUCCGCUGCCGGUCGACGCGCUGCUGCUGAGGGACACGGAGAGGAGGAUGACGACGGACCGCUGCUGUGGGAGAGGAGAGCCUUGUGUUGGUGUCGUGGUCUGCCAUCUACCCGCUGGCCGCCACGCGAGCCGCCCCGCUGGCCGCCCAGCCCCUGUGUCCCGUGUCCUGUGUCCCACCCAGGCAUGGGCCGUGCCAAGGCUGUGCUGUGCAAUUAGUAGAGUAGUAACGCUGCAGGUAAUAGCGCCAUUACCGCCCUAGGCCUCACCAUCACCACCACUUCCUACCGAGACUCUUUUUCCCUCCCUCUAUCUCUUUCCUAUCAACCUCGAGGUCUACCUUUCCCUCUUGAUUCGAGGUUCCCUUUUAUUCCUCCUUCUUCAUAAACCUAAAACUGCCCUGCUUCUUUUACUUUACCCUAACUGAGUACAGCUGAUUACAGGUGUACGAUUCACGCCGCUCACUUCAUGUAGUUGCACACUGUAGUUCCGCGUGCAGGGGGUCGGUGGGCUUGUCUGUCUUCGUCUGCAUGCGGUACACUAUUACUACAGAAAGUACACCGUGUGUGAACCGAUCACCCGUUUUAAAAGCAUACUAAGACUUAAUUGCAGAUGAAACUACUUCAUAAGGUAGUCAAUUUCUAAAAUUUAGUUUCA